UUCUCGCUCCUCUCGGUGGGCGCCUGCUUCCUGCUCAGCGCCAAGACCUCCAAGCUGCAGGGCCGGCUGGUGGCCCUCGAGGAAGAGUUGGCCGGCCGCGCGUGGAGCCCCGGGGAGCAGCUGGGCGCCGAGCCUUUGCUGGCCGUGCUGCAGCCUCAGGUGGACGAGCUUUUGCAGGAGAAAUUGAGUGAAGGAUUAGCCAAACUACGCACAGCAAGAGAGGUUCCAUCUGAAUGCAGAUGCCCACCAGGUCCACCAGGAAGGCGAGGAAAGCCUGGACGGCGAGGAGAGCCAGGUCCUCCAGGGCAAUCAGGACGAGAUGGUUACCCGGGUCCUCUUGGAUUGGAUGGCAAGCCAGGGCCUCCAGGACCAAAAGGGGAUAAGGGCGAUCAAGGGGAUGUUGGUCCAAGGGGAGAUCCAGGCAAAGAUGGCGCUGCUGGCCCACCAGGCCCUCCUGGGCAACCGGGUACAAGAGGGCCCCCAGGAGACACAGGAAAAGAUGGCCCAAGGGGUCCCCAAGGCUUCCCUGGUGAGAAAGGAGAACGUGGAGAAGCUGGUAUUAUGGGUGGACCUGGUAAUCCAGGGGAAAAGGGAGAAGCUGGAAUUCCAGGAGAACCAGGGAUCCAAGGGCCAAAGGGAGAACAAGGAAGUAUUGGCCCCCCAGGAGAGAAAGGCUUAGAUGGGCUACCUGGGCCAAAGGGAAGCCAAGGAAGCAUUGGCCCUGUGGGUGAAAGAGGAAUACAAGGGCUGCCAGGGCCAAAGGGAGAACCAGGAAGCACUGGCCCAAUGGGAGAAAGAGGCAUAGAUGGGCUACCAGGGCCAAAAGGAGAACCAGGAAGCACUGGCCCAAUGGGGGAGAGAGGCAUGGAAGGGCUACCAGGGCCAAAGGGAAAACAAGGAAGCAUUGGCCCAGUGGGGGAGAGAGGCAUAGAAGGGCCAUCAGGGCCAAAGGGAGAACCAGGAAGCAUGGGAGAAAAAGGCACAGAAGGGGCCCCAGGGCCAAAGGGAGAACCAGGAAGCACUGGCCCAAUGGGAGAAAGAGGCAUAGAUGGGCUGCCAGGGGUAAAGGGAGAAACAGGAAGCUUUGGGCCAGUAGGGGAGAGAGGCAUAGAAGGGCCCCCAGGGCCAAAGGGAGAACCGGGAAGCAUGGGAGAAAAAGGGACAGAAGGGCCCCCAGGGCCAAAGGGAGAACCAGGAAGCAUUGGCCCAGUGGGAGGAACAGGCAAAGAUGGGCCCCCAGGGCCAAAGGGAGAACCAGGAAGCAUGGGAGAAAAAGGCAUGGAAGGUCCCCGAGGACCAAAGGGAAAAUCAGGAAGCAUUGGCCCAGUGGGAGAAAGAGGCAUGGCUGGCCUGCCAGGACUAAAGGGAGAACCAGGAAACAUUGGCCCAAUGGGAGAAAAAGGGCCAGAAGGGCCCCCAGGGCCAAAGGGAGAACCAGGAAACAUUGGCCCAAUGGGUGAAACAGGCAAAGAUGGGCCCCCAGGGCCAAAGGGAGAACCAGGAAGCAUGGGAGAAAAAGGCAUGGAAGGUCCCCGAGGACCAAAGGGAAAAUCAGGAAGCAUUGGCCCAGUGGGAGAAAGAGGCAUGGCUGGCCUGCCAGGACUAAAGGGAGAACCAGGAAACAUUGGCCCAGUGGGAGAAACAGGCAAAGAUGGGCCCCCAGGGCCAAAGGGAGAACCAGGAAGCGCUGGCCCAGUGGGAGGAACAGGCAAAGAUGGGCCUCCAGGGCCAAGGGGAGAACCAGGAAGCGCUGGCCCAAUGGGAGAAAAAGGGACAGAAGGGCCCCCAGGGCCAAAGGGAGAAACAGGAAGUGCUGGCCCAGUGGGAGAAACAGGCAAAGAUGGGCCCCCAGGGCCAAAGGGAGAAGCAGGAAGCAUUGGCCCAGUGGGAGAAACAGGCAAAGAUGGGCCCCCAGGGCCAAAGGGAGAACCAGGAAGCAGUGGCCCAGUGGGAGAAACAGGCAAAGAUGGGCCCCCAGGGCCAAAGGGAGAACCAGGAAACGCUGGCCCAGUGGGAGAAACAGGCAAAGAUGGGCCCCCAGGGCCAAAGGGUGAACCUGGUGAAAGAGGAGCAGAUGGAUAUAUUGGGCCAAGGGGUCCUCCAGGCCUGAAAGGAGAACAGGGUGAUACUGUAGUAAUUGAUUAUGAUGGCAGAAUUCUGGAAGCGUUCAAGGCAGCAGGGAAACCCAAACUGACGGGCCCACCAGGUCCUCAAGGGCUGCCGGGCCCUCAAGGAGCUCCUGGACCAAAGGGGGAGCUUGGAUUGCCUGGUCCACCUGGAGUUGAUGGAGAAAAGGGUCCUAAAGGAUCAAAAGGUGACCAAGGAAGCCCUGGCCCAGUAGGACAGAUUGGAGAAGUUGGCAUGACUGGUCUACCCGGUCCUAAAGGAGCGAAAGGAGACCAAGGAAAUCCUGGAUUAAUAGGGCAGAAAGGAGAGAUUGGGGAAAUGGGCUUAUCUGGUCCACGGGGGAUCGAUGGACCAAAAGGGGAACCUGGUGAACCCUGCAAGCAGGAUCUUAUGCAGAUCAUAUCUGAACCAGGACCUCCUGGCUUACCAGGUCCACCCGGCCCUAUGGGCCCCCAAGGAAUACAGGGACAUAAGGGUCCUCAAGGAAUUCAAGGACACAAGGGUGCAGAGGGUUCAAAAGGUGCGAAAGGUGAAAUUGGUCACAAAGGUGAAAGAGGCGCCCCAGGACAACAUGGUCCUCCUGGUGCCCCUGGACUUAUUGGCUUACCAGGCACUAAAGGAGAAAAGGGAAAGCCAGGGGAACCAGGAUUAGAUGGUUUCCCGGGAUUAAGAGGAGAAAAGGGAGAAAAAAGUGAAAGAGGAGAGAAGGGAGAAAGAGGACUCCCGGGCAGAAAAGGAGCAAAGGGACAAAAAGGAGAACCGGGGCCCCCUGGAUUGGAUCAGCCUUGUCCAGUGUUCAUUUUUAAAGGGGAGCCAGGUAUACCAGAACUGGAUGGUGUGGAUAUGCUCUGCCCUUUGGGACCAGAUGGAUUACCAGUACCAGGAUGUUGGCACAAGUCACAGAUGCAGAAGGAAGAAAAAACAAAAAAGAAGAAAAAGGCACAGCCCUAGAAGGGAGACAAACUCUGGCUUACAGAUGAAUGUAGGAGGAACUUCUGAUCUGGAACGAGAAGGGAAGGGCAACCACACCUGCUGCUACUUGCCUCCACCUUGAAGAAAUUGUUACAUUUGGGGUCCUUAUGACCAGGUUUACCUUCUCUGGCUGCUUCUCCUUAUAAAGACAACUUUACAUGUAGAAAAAAACACCACUUAGCGUUCUGCCAUCGGUGACUAGAGGCUGGAAGAUCGUCCUGCAGAACUUUUACUGCAGAGUUGAGAAAACAUGGAGAACCUCACUUUCCAUUUAAAAAACAACAACAACAAAAGAAGAAAGAAAUAUCAUAAAUAUCAUCUCAGUUUACAGAUCUGGAACUCAAGACAAAUUAUGCUGGAAAACUCUUCCAUAGUACCAGGCUAUGAGCUCAUGUUUAAGGACUGGCAAGGGAUUUGGGUAUAAAGCGCAGUGCUUCCUUCCCUGGAUCUGCAGGGCUUGUAAGAUAAACUAGAUGCUUUUUCACUCUUGCUGCCCUUUUUCCUCUACACAGAAGCAAAUCCAUACCUUAGUAUUGGAGUACUUUUUUUUAAUUGGUCUACAAACACUUCCCCAGAUGGUUGUAAGUUUCAAUAAUGUUCAGCUUACAGAAACCUAUCUUUUAGCUUUCGUUUUCCAAAGUGAAGGCAUCUAGGAAGGGCUGCAUGUUUUACACAGUAGUUGUAUUGCUCACAGAUAAACAAGUCUUACAUUAGCAAUUUGUACAGCAAAACUUAAAAUGUGGGUGAGAGCCCUUUUUUGGAAAGUGCUUGGGAGCCUGCUCUCCUCUCAGCCUGACUACUAUAGCAAGUGUGGAAUUACUCUAACAGCUAGCCCUAAUGAACUGUAAAUAUGAAUAUAAAUGACACAUUAGUGAAGUAAAGUAUUGUCCCAUAUCAAUUGUGAUAUCUAUCCUUGCUAUAAUUGGCCUACAUCUUCCUAAUUUCAAGGACCCACAUGCUGUACCUACACUUGUAACAAGAAGGGAUCUCAUUUUAAAUAGUAUAGACCACAGCAGUGUAAUCCUUUGUAAAUCCAGAAUUACAUGAUGGUGCUGUUCCUGGCAUUACAGAGAUAUUCAUUGUUUACCUCUUCUAGCAGACAUAGGGUGGAUGCAGAUUUUAUUCCACCAGCAGGAUCAAUCCCUGAGCAGAGUUCCCAUCCGCAUAGAGUCAGGUGAUGUUCCCCAAUGCUUCCCUCCCGCUGUGUUCCCAGCACCUCAUUCCUCACUACCCCACAGGGCCCCCCAACCCUGCUGAUUUGGAGGAAGAGCGCAUGAGGAGUUGUGAUGAAAAGGAGGAAGGUAGGAACUUUGCUGUUCUCCUUUCUGCCUGGAUCAGAAAUCUCCCACAGACAGAAGGAGUGCUUCCGUCUAAAGGAAGUUUAUGUUGGAUCCAGGCAAAUAACUGUAUGCUGGGAAAUAUCUCUUCAGCCUCCAGACUUUUAACUCUUCACUCUUUUGUUUUUAUCAUACCAAAGAGCCACAGUCUUGAAAAGGGAUUCAUGUAUACGCAUUCUCGAGGCUGUAAUAAACAAUAGCUUCAUGAGGUCCAUCUUGAGUACAUAAAAGGUUUAAGGAAUAAUGAGAUAGAUAGAUGGAUAGAUGGAUGGACAGAUGUGUGAAUAGGACUUGCUGCCUCUUGGAAUCAACAUGGAGGCAUCAUGCUGCCCAUGGCACAAUGGUUGUAGAGCAGACUCACAUGUUACGUAGAUACAUGUUCCUAUUUAGAUAAGAGGGCGAUGUUGGAAGUAGGACUUAAGUGGAGAAGUGGUGCUUUUAAUAGCUGUAGGGCAAGGAAAUCUUUCUCUGGCCCUGCUUGUAUUUCCACUGUUGAUAGCAGAAACUAUUUAUACAGUUUCCUGCAUGCCCCACAGUCCUGAAAAGCAUGGCAGUCUUGUAUGAGUUAAAAGUUGGCAGUCACAGUGGAGGAAGCAGAAGAACUGACAGGGCAGAAUUGGCUCAAGAAACCUUUACGUUUGGGGUUAGGAUGAUCAGGAAGAGGUUACAUCUUUGUGGGAGCACUUGAACUCUUUGACCUCUGAACUUUUAGUUACGGCCUUUUGGAAAUUUUCUCCUUGCUAAUUAUCGGAGUAUUGUUUGAAAGCUGCCAUCAGCACAUGUUUACAGGAGCCAAUUGAUACUUCAGAAUUUGAACAAAAUCUAGAAAGCUGGUGUUUCCUGCUCCCCUUUACGUUGGUGCUAAUUGGCUUCAUCCUAAUUCAUAGACUAAGCUCUCCUUCUCAGAGACAGAAUUAGGCAUAUGCCAAAGUGCUGGUUAGUUUUACUGGUUAGGAUUCAUUUCUGUAAAGAUGGCACGAUGCUCUCCAUUACUAUAGGCAGAAGAAUGUCCUGGAUUGCUCUCCUGUGAAUUUUUAGGAAUUGUGUGUGUUAGUUCUAUUUUUAUUUCUUGUAAAAGUCUUGUAGACAUUCUGUAAUUGUUGCUUUAAAACAGUGUACAAGUCUUCAUGGUAGAAGAUGCAUAUUAUGCUUCAAAGAUUUUGAGACUAAAAAGUUAACAUUGCUUCACAUGUUAACUGCAUGAUAUAUGUUUGUUUUAUUUUAUAACUUCUAAGGUUUGUGUAAUAUUAUUUUUGGAGCUGUAAAAAUAUUACAUUGUUGUGUGAAAGAAGAUAAACCACACUGAAUUAAGAAAGGAAACCUAAAUGAUUACAUUCUCAGUUUAAAGUGUUCUUAGCUCAAUACCAGAUAUUAGCUUUUUUCCAUUUCCUUGAAAAUCAAAACAAAUUCUGUGCAUCUGUUUCUGCAUGUCAAGCUAUUUUACUGGUAGCAAAAAUCAAUUGCAAAUAACAUUAAUCCACUAAGCAAAACCAACCCUUCUCUUUCUUUAUAACAUACCAUUUCCUCCAGUUUCAUCUUCUAUCAAAAUCCUUCAGUCUGCAAUAUUUUUAUACUGUACUUUUGUUGCCAUUUUCUGAAUGAGCAUCCUUAGUGAGCAAAAGGAAAGGGAAGACUGGAGCAUGUGGUAGUGUGUAAGUAAGUACAUUCUGUAUACAGAGGAUGAAAGAGAGGGCUGCACGGAAUAGAGGGUUUUGAGUAAAGGGAUGCUGUCAACAACUUUGGCCCAAGCCAGAAGGAUGCAGUGGACUGGUUUUUGUGGAAUUUCUCAGACAUCGACCCUGUAAAAAUCUCACAUCCUCUCCAUCUUUUUUUUCCAAAAAAAAACAAAACA